AUACCGACCGGAAGAGCCCCAGUGCGACUGCGCGGGCCGUGUGGGCGGGCCCGCGCGCGGACUUUAAGGGUGGUGGGCGUGGCCUGUCGUCCUGACGACCCAGGAGCGUUUGUCCACACUAAGAAGCUGCAACUUUGCCGAGGGUGAAGGUCGCGCUUGGCCUCCUCAUGGGUCCCAAAGCAAAAAAGUCUGGCAGUAAGAAAAAGAAAAUCACUAAAGCGGAACAACUGAAGCAGCUCCAAGAGGAAGAGGAGAAACGACUGCGGGAGGCAGAGGAAGCCCGUUUGAAAUUUGAGAAAGAACUGGAAAGGCUCGAAAAACAGCGGAUCGAGAAAGAAAAAUGGCAACAACUUGAAAAAAAAGAUCUAGAAAGGAGACCUGAAGAGCUUGAGGAACUUUAUUCAUUAGAGGAAUGUUUUCCUGAAGCAGAGAAAUUGAAACAAGAUAGUAGAUCACUCUCUCAGUGGAACCACUACAUUCAGUGUGAUGGGAGCCCUGAUCCUUCUGUACCCCAAGAAAUGAAUACUUUCAUUAGCUUGUGGAAAGAGGAAACAAAUGAAACUUUUGAGACAGUGAUUGAAAAGAGCAAACUAGUGCUACAGUUAAUUGAGAAAUUGAAAUUAAUGUUAUUGGAGACUGCACCUCAUGACUUGAGAGAGAAAAACAUAACACAAUAUGAAGGAUCCAUUUCAGAGCUUCAGGAGCUCCUUCAUCUUAAGUUUAACAUAGCCACGGAAAUACUGCUCAGACAAGCUAGCACUUUAGCAGAUCUGGACAAUGGAAAUAUGGAAAAAAUCAUUCAAGAUGAAAAUGUCACCCUGUAUGUGUGGGCAAACCUCAAGAAGAACCCAAGGUACAAAAGUGUGAGGUUCUCCAACACGAAGACUGGAUUUGAAAUUCCAAGGAUAUUAGCGACGAGUGACAUCGCGCUGCGCCUCCUGCACACUCACUAUGACCACGUCACCCCGCUGCCCUCGGCUCCCGCCCAGUCCCCUUCCCCGACCCCGCGGCCCUUGUCUGCAGGAUCCCAGCUCUGCAAGGGUGAAGCUGAGAGCACAGCGGACGCAGACGGCCCGGAGGACCAGGCAGACUCUAAACCACGAGAGAGAGGGUCUGUCUUCAUUCAGGAGGAAGAAAGAAAAGUCGACGAGCAAGGCGAUCCCGAAGUACAAAUGGCUUCUGUCGAGAAAGAAGCGAAAGCCGCAGAAGGUGACCUGGAGAUGAAAUUGUUGAGUGAGAUGGUUGCAGCAGCACAGUUGGACCUGAUAAAAAAUGCUCCUGAAAAGCCAGAAGUCUCUGAAAGCAAGGAGGUGGACUUAUGCCAGUUCACGAUUCUGGGUGGUGUGUACCACUUGGAUAUUUUGGAGCUCCCGCCACAGUGUAAACCAGUGAAAGGCUGGAUGAUGGUGGAGAUCCUCAAAGAAGGGUUACAGAAAUUUGCGUAUCCUCCAGAAAUCACAGAAGAUUUUGAAACAGAAAAUGCUUUUCCGCCUGUAGAAGUCACCCUUCAAAUUCAGGAGAAAGUAACCUUUUUUGAGGAACCUGUGGUCGCAAGGUGGGACGCUGAAGGUAAAUACUGGCGAACUGAUGGCAUUAGUGACGUAUAUUACAGCUCAGAAGACAGACUUGUAUCAUUCAAGCUGGAAACCUUUGGCCCCGUUACCUUGAUGCAAGACACUCAUAUUAACAUGCCAUACCAGUCGUGGGAACUAAGGCCACUUGGCAUGAAUAAAGCACUUCUGACUGUGACAACAGUAUUUACUGAGAUUCAGAUACAAAUUAAGGAAAACCUCUGCGUGUUGGCUUCAAUCAAAGUAAAAGACAAAGAACACGGCUCUGUGUUGGAAGGAAAGUGGAUGGCUCCUGUUCCUUUCAUUAUUGCUUUGAAAGAAACGGGGCUGAAUAUCUUCCCGACCGUGUACUCUCAUUUUUAUGUUGCUAUAAACAAUAAGGUUCCAUUGGUGGAAAUGAAAGCCUAUCAGCAGAUGGCCCUGCUGAGUUCUGCUUUUGCAUUUGGGUGGAGCAAGUGGAAUACACUGUGUAAUUCUACAAACGUUGUGUUUAAGGUGCGGGAGACCCUGACUGAGGAGCACCCCAUCGACAUCCCCAACUGGGCCCUGUUCAUGUUCAGUGGGGACAGAGCAUGGAGGCUCAAGAUAAACGAAGAGAGCGAGUCCUUUUCUGAAGCGCUUGGAGAGGAAACCGAGUUUCAUUCCACUUUGUAUCACAUGGUGAAGGAUGCGGCUUCCAAGGAAGCUGUGGAGAAAGUCAGGAGUUCCAGCUGCCAGUUUGUGGACUCGGUUUGCUACAUGCUCCUCUCCACCAGGGUGCUCAGCUAUUCUUAAUCCCCAGCUGCAACUACAAACUGUUGUCUUGGCAAGAAAACCCUGCAUUCCUCAGUGUAGUUGAGUGAAUAUAUUUCAGAUAAUUUUAAUAGCCUCAUAGCAUUUUAUAUUCAAAUUUAAAGUGGGGUUUUUUUUUUCCUUGACUAUUUGGCCUAUUGAGAGGUUCAAUUUUCACUCUAGGAAGAAUUGAAGAGUUCUUUAUUUAGAUACACUGUAUGUUUCUAAAAAUAAUGUUUCUAAAAAACAAAACAAUAUGUUUCUAAAAUAGCUCAUUAAAACAUCCUCCUCCCUUUUAUAGUUGGGGAGGUGACCACAGAAAGUGGAGAGGCAAAAUAUUUUACGGUUUCUCUGAAAACCUGUGGCUUUGUGCUCGACUAAGUGAAAUCCCAGCUAAAAGUCAGGACACAUACGUUAGGGUUCUCUGCAGUCACACCGGCGGUGGCCCGUUGUGUUGGAGUGCAGUAAAUGGCCACAGCACAUGUUCUAGAGAUAACCAGGAGUCCCCUUCCUGGGUGGGAACGGCAUCCACAGCCUUCUGGAAAAACUGACCGGUGAGCAAGCUCAUGAGCGCUGCAAAGAGG